UGGACGCUGGAGGUUGAUGUCACUGGCAGAGAGAGUCUUCAGGACAGGACUCAACUAGGCAGAGCUGGUCAGGGAAACACUGAAGGUCUACGGAGAGGAGAAAAAGUGGGCGAUGUUGCAGCUAGGAUCUUGUUUAUGGACAUUGUUGGGAGGCUGUUGACACAGUCCAGAGGGCUUGCAGGCAUUUUCCAGCUGUAAGGUUGAGGUAGCCUCAUCGACGCAGUAUUUUAGAUCACUUCUGAAAGAAAUACAAAAAUGUCGUCUCCAAGUCCGGGCAAGAGACGAAUGGAUACCGACGUGGUGAAACUCAUUGAGAGCAAGCAUGAGGUCACCAUCCUCAGUGGACUCAAUGAGUUUGUGGUCAAGUUCCAUGGACCACCUGGAACGGCGUAUGAAGGAGGAGUGUGGAAGGUGCGGGUGGACCUCCCAGACAAAUACCCCUUCAAAUCACCAUCAAUAGGAUUCAUGAAUAAAAUCUUUCAUCCCAACAUUGAUGAAGCGUCGGGAACUGUGUGUUUAGAUGUCAUUAACCAGACAUGGACGGCUCUCUACGACCUCACCAACAUCUUCGAGUCGUUUCUCCCUCAGCUGCUCGCCUACCCCAACCCCAUCGACCCUCUGAACGGAGAUGCAGCUGCCAUGUACCUGCACCGGCCAGAGGAUUAUAAACACAAGAUCAAAGAGUACAUCCAAAGGUAUGCCACAGAGGAGGCUCUAAAGGAGCAGGAGGAGGGAGGGGGUGACUCCUCUUCCGAGAGCUCCAUGUCAGACUUUUCGGAGGACGAGGCUCAGGACAUGGAGUUGUAGUGGGUGGGGGGUGUGGUCCCGUCACCUUCACCUCACAACAGACUGUUUCCUAAAGAGCAGAAACUCAGUGCUAUAUUCAUAUUUAAACAAGACAAUUUUUUACAGCGAUACAAGGAUUUUUAUUGCUACACAAGGAUUUGCAGUAUGAUAUUGCAGAAUAUUAACCCUUAUUUAGGAAUUCAUGACCACCUGCCCUUGUCCCUCGAGAGCCUGAGUAGAUCAGAAAGGAGUGCAUCAUUCAUUUCCAUGAUCUUUAGUGGCUUCAGUCAAGGCUUUCACACUACAUGACCAAGUCCAGACUGGGCAGUGAGGCCAACGCAGGAGCACUGUCAUCUAAACACAACUGUUUACAGUUUCCCAUUUGGUUCCACAAGCCACACCUCACCACAUCAUCAGUUGUAACAAGCUUAGCUUUUCUUUUUUCCUUGUCUUAAAUUGACACUUUGCUGCAUCGUCAGGCGCCCUCGCCUCACCGACAGAGGACUGCAGGAUGACAAUCCCCCGUUUAAGAGCAGUCUUGGCCUCACAAGGGCAUAGCAUCUUAUUUUUGUUGAACUGUCACCUUUCAUUUUUUGAUACUGCUGCCCCCCAAGGAGUCACCAUUACACUCAUCUUUUCUGAAGAGCCGAAGACCAGAAGGCCGCAGCUCGGUGACAUGUUCGUCAUGUACAGACAGCACAGGUGUGACUGCAGAUGGCCUCUCUGACAGGACUGUGCAACCUGCCGACGUAUCACACACACCAUCAAACAACCAUUGCAUCAGCCAUGGCAACGCAGUGCAUGCGUGCCUGUGGGAAUGUAUGAAUGUAAACCAGGGAGAAUCAUGGUGUAUUGAUAACAUGUGUUGUACUGACUCCUGAUGCUCAGCAGAAAUCAGGAGAGAAGGUUCCUCUUCAAUACUCCACCCCCGUCCUCCUCCUCCUCUUCUUCUCCAUUUUAGGAAAGUGUUUGUCAUUUUUUUGAGUAUCUUUGUAUAUUGUGGCAUGACACAGAAGUGAAGUUGUGUAGGGCUUUGUGGAGCUGUAAUGCUGUAGACAUGGGGAGGACACUUUUAUGCAGGUGGGGUUUAUCCAGGUUCUUGUUGAAUUAUUGAACUUCUUAACUUUGCCUAUUGCUUGUGUUGAACUAUAAUAGGUGUUUGACUUGCGUAGGGAUAGUUAGUUUUUUCACAGGUGGUGAAUCCUAUCAUAAUGUAUGGUUUCAUACUUAAAUAAUACACUAGUUUAAAGAAUGCUUGUCCUGUAAAGAUGAGGAGAAUUAAUACAUCUUUGUCCGUGGGAUAAAUCUUUGUUGAAUCGAAUCCUCCAAAGACAUGUUGCACCCCUGCACCCCCUUCUUAUAUGCAAUUGUGUCCAUAAAAGAUCAUUAAUGUUGUCAGACAGAAGUGCUCUUCGUUUCAGCCAUUCAACACUGUUGCAUUUACUUUCUCAUGCUGUUGAUGUGGCUGUGGCUUUCCAAAAUGGUGGGACCAAAAACAAUCUAAUAGAUCUACAAGCUUGGUUUCAUAAAUAUCCCAAAAAAGACAAGGAAAUCCUCCUCAAAUUAUAUUUGGGGUUUACACUGAGGUCAAGCGAGAAGAUGUUUGAAUAAUGUUCCUCAAAAUGUCAAACUCAUGACACUUUGAGCUUUCUUCCUCUUCUUCUGACUAUCUUUUAAAAGCUUUUGUCCUCAUCUGUCCAUGGAAACAUUCACAUGCCUGUUGGCGCCUUUGCAAAGGAGGCGUUACCACAGCAGUGACAGUUUACUGUUAAAUUUCAUAAUGGCGCACUGGUGUGUGUUUUAAUGCAGGCCGUAUGCCUCGUACAUGUUUGAAACAUGCACUCAUUGCAUUGCAGAUCAGUUUGUAUUAAGUGUUAUUCCUGGGAGGAAACAAAAGUUCAAAUCUUACGUUAUCGCCAUGAAAAAAGGCCAUUUGUUCUUCAGUUAUAAUCAAAACAUGACUUAACAUCCCUUUAUAAUCGUUUAAAAUGAUAUCAGGAUCUUUUCCAUGGUGUCUUGCAAGAGGGUUUACCUUCAUUUGAGAACUAACAUAGGUCGGUAAAACUAGCAUGUCACAGUUUUUUUGACAUGGCAGAAAAAUGUGUAUUUAUUAAGUAACUUAGUUAAAAUGGCUUUAAAUAGCCUCAGUAACCAAAUAUAUGUUGGUGUAGGUCUUAGGACUACAUGAUGUCACAGUCAGUUGUCAUUUGCAACAGAAAACAAACCACUGUCCAGCCUUGUUGCUUGUCAUCAUCUGGAUGCAUCAGUGUAUUAUGUAUUUUUUUUUUUUUAUUAAUGAGACACAAACAGUAUAUUUGAUGCCUAUAAUUUGUUUGAAUGUUUUUAUUUGUCUUUUAAGCCCGAUGUGCAGGAUUCAAGUUCAGAUAUCUCUGAUUUAUAAAAAGCAAAAAAGGAAUAAAUGUGCUUCCCUUGUAACUUGAAGACAGAAAUAAACAGCAAAAAUUAUAUGA